ACUCUAGGCAGCAAGCAGACGAUCACGCGCAUACACAGAUUUGAGAUUCUGCGCGACCACUGCAUUACGAGCUUCAUCGAGACACUUCUUCAUUAACGGCUCUAAACCUCCUUCAGAAAACGACACCAUGGGCGUGGAAGGCUGCACGAAAUGCAUCAAAUACAUGCUUUUCUUCUUUAAUUUCAUUUUCUGGCUGGCUGGUUGUGUCAUUCUGGGAGUUUCGCUCUGGCUGCGUCAUGACACUAAGACAAGCACUCUUCUGGGUCUAAAGCUUGAGGACACACAAGCACCCACCACUUUCUACAUAAGUGUCUACAUUUUGAUCGCUGUUGGUGCCGUGAUGAUGUUUGUUGGAUUUCUUGGUUGCUAUGGUGCCAUACAGGAAUCCCAGUGUCUUUUGGGAACAUUCUUUGCCUGCCUGGUCAUUCUGUUUGCCUGUGAGGUCGCUGCUGGUAUCUGGGGCUUUAUGCACAAAGACAAGAUCUCCAAGGAAAUGGUCAAUUUUUAUGAUUCAGUGUAUGACAAAAGUUUGAGAUCAGAAAAUGAUAAAAAGAUCGCAGCCGCUACUGUGUUGAAGGUCUUUCAUGAGACUCUUCAAUGCUGUGGAAAAUCGGGUAUCACCGGAAUGCUUCAAAACCUUUUGGUAGACGUCUGUCCUGACAAAUUUACUGAUAGCUGUGAAAAAAAGAUUAAUGAGCUUUUCACUAAUAAGAUCUAUCUGAUUGGCUAUGCUGCCCUGGCUGUUGCUGUUAUCAUGAUCUUUGAGAUGAUCUUCAGCAUGGUGCUCUGCUGUGGUAUCAGGAACAGCCCUGUAUACUAAAACAUUAAGGGGCAAGAUAUGAAGUUCAAAAACAGCCAAAAAAAUAAUUUUGUUUUAUAUCUACCAUCUCCUAUCUUGUUUUAUUUCUACCGUCAUUUCCUAAUCAAAUCACUCAACUCUCAUAGAAAAUACUAAUUCAUUUUGUUAUAAUGAUGCAGUGGAUCCACCCAUAACUAGUCUGCUAUUGAAUACGCUGUAGUUGGCAAUGACUAGUUGCAAUCCCUAGCUAUAGCAGUAGAUUUAUCAGAUAGUUAUAACACAUACACACUGCUUUAUCCAAUGAAGGAUAGCUACAUUUAUUUGCUUGUAGUUUUUUUGUUGUAACUGUUAAGUUUCUGCUAUUGCUAUUGGUUACUAUCACUUUUUCCUAUGUAUAUGUAUAAACUGUAUAUAUUUGCAGCCCUGUAUGGCUCUUAAGCAUGAAUCUUGUAUCCAACACUCCUGUCUGAUUUCUUCUCUGAUACUGCUGUUUGUAUGUACACGUUUCUUUCUGAGAAACCACUAAAUAUACAGUGUUAGCUAGGUCAGGAGAAAGUCACAAUACAAUGCUCAAUGAAAGUAAUAGUUCAAGGAUUAAGGAUUUUUCCUGUUAUUAAAGUUGACAACCCGUAAGUUUGCUUCUUACACAGUUUGCGAACGAGGAAGCAGAUUGUUACUCUGCCGAGUUUCACAUACAGAACUACUGAUGCAUACAUCAGGGACUGGAUGACGUGAACUCUGUCUCUCUAUGCUAUCCAAUGCUAAUAUAGUGUACUGUAAUGAAUUGCAUGCCUGUAUGUCACAAAAAGAGUUGGACACAUGUAGAAUCCUGCCGUAGUUCUUCUGUCUUUCCCCCUCUUUACUGUCUAAUGUGAUUCAAAUGUAUACAGGACUUUUGUAUGCCAUCUAGCCUUAUAAAUUAGACACCUUAUCCCUUAAUCACUUCUCAAUCUGGAUUGAUUCCUAAUGGAAUUGUGUCGUAACUGUAAUGUGUUAUGACUACUUAAACCAAUGUAAGGGGUUUGCGUGAGAGUGUGCGCAUAUCUGUCUGUCUGUCAUGUGAUCAUAAAGAUUGAAUCAGAUAAUUAUUGGCCACCUUUAUAGCAGAAUUCACUGCUGUAAUUCCCUGUCACCAUCACCAGGUGGCACUCAAACACCAUUCACUUGACAGCUAGUGACCACACCCCCUCGUGUAUGUACUUAUCAUGCACUUAUUAUCUACAGUAGAGCGCACUUAUAUAAACCUCCUCUCACACAAACACUGAUGCAUUAAUUCCAGAUUUACUACAUGCAUUAUGCAACUCUGUCUUGUUAACACAUAUUGCCUAUGCUGAUAUAAAUGUCUUGUAAUAUGUACAGCUACACAGUAUACUAAUGACCAUGUAAAGACAAUGUAUGCUUUUAAUUGUGAUAUCUUUUUCUGGUACUUUGACAAAAAAAAAGAGGACCUCAGCAGAGAUUUCAGUAGAAGCAUGUAAGGUUUUGGAGGUUAUAACAGGUUAAGCAUGAUAUCGAAACCAUUAAGCAUCUUGAAGUAAUUACGAGAGCUGUUUAUGAAGUGAACUGUAAACACUUAAGGGUAUUUGAGCAGUAUCAAAUAUACUGUUGAGUUUCAUUGUGUUACUGAAACAGAAAGUGACAGCUGCCACUUAAAUCUCUGCCCUGACUCAACAGUUAUAGAUUUUGGUCUGGUUUUGUUGCCCAAAUAUUUAGAAAAUUAAAUGUAUUUUACAAAUA